AUGGGUGACGGUGCUUACUGUUUUACCUCUUUUAUUCGGUAUUUUUUUUUUUUUUUUUUUACUGAAACAAGAAGGAAUUUACGACCAAACGCUACCGUGAAAUUCGAGGGUACUGAAGGACCGGCAACAGCACACAAACCGCCCACACACACACAUACUUGUAUGCUCUCACGUGUUGCUGCUGUCAAGGCACCCAACAAACACAACUGUCGCCGCGUGACCGGAUCCAGCGGAAGGAGGAGGGAAGGAAGAGGGAGUGAGCCGCAGAGGCCCAACAUGUCGCGGCAUCUCUUUUACUCUGCGGUGGUGCUCCUUCUUUUUAUGAUGAUGUGCUGCGGCACUGGUGCAGCUGCGGAAGAUGAGACGGCGUCAUGUCCGGAAUCUUCAAAGGGUAAACGUUUUGUUUGGAGAGAUUUGAAAGGUGAUGAAACAGUGAGUUUGCUCCGUGUUCCCAGUCUUGUUGAGAUGGAGGGUGACGUGUUUGCCGUUGCCGAGGCGCAGUACAAGAAGGGUGAAUACACAUUUACUGGCAUUGCCUCGGAGCUCCUAAAGUUGAGUGAUGGAACACCAAAAGCCCUGGAAACAACUCAGGUGAAGACGGAAGUACUGGAGGAAUGUUCUACUGACGGAGGGGAAUGCCCCUCCCAAACAGUAGUUGCGGCUGCUUCCCAAAGCGGGACGGGAGUACUUGUGUUCCGACCAACAACAGUCGCGAGGGGAAGUGAUAUUUACAUGCUUGCUGGAAUCUACAUAAAUGAAAAUGCCCGCAAUUGUGAAUCGGUUGCGUCUGAGGCGACUCCAUUUGAACUUUUGCUGGUGAAGGGGAACGUCAGAGCUGAAGGCAGUAAAAACAGAAUUUUUUGGAAUGAUACUUACGUUAUCCCGUGGGAUUCCAAUGACGAACAACUCAAAUCGUUGAAUUCCGUGAUUGGCGGCGGUGGAUCGGGUGUAAAGAUGGGUGACGGUACGCUUGUGUUUCCAUUGGAAGGUACAAAGCAGGAGAAUGGGGGCACUGAAGAUGAUGGAAAGACCGUUUCGCUGAUCCUAUAUUCCUCGAGGGAUAAUAAAAUUUGGAAACUGUCGAAGGGGAUGUCUGACGGUGGCUGCGGUGAUCCCUCCGUCGUGGAGUGGGAGAAGGACAAACUCAUGAUGAUGACAGUGUGUGAUGAUGGCCGCCGCAGGGUUUACGAGUCCGGCGACAAGGGGGAUUCGUGGACGGAGGCACUUGGGACACUCUCGCGCGUGUGGGGCAGCGACCAAAAGGAAGGUAAGAGACGCGGGAGGGACGUUAAGAGCGGGUUCAUCACAGCGAAGUUUGAGGACAGGGACGUGAUGCUUGUCAGUCUGCCAGUGUAUUCGAUUAGGAACGGAGAAGAUAAUCGAAACGGUGAACUCCGUCUUUGGCUGACGGACAACACGCACAUUGCUGAUAUUGGGCCGAUAUCCGGAGAAGAUGAAGAGGACGUUGCCGCCAGCUCCCUGUUGUACAAAAGUGGUAAAGAUAAUAAUGAGGAGAAGUUGAUUGCACUGUACGAGAAGAAGAGGGGCAAUGGCAGAUCAUCACUCGGUAUGGUCUCUGUGCUUCUGACUGAGCAGCUGCAGCGGGUGAAGGAGGUGCUGGCGACGUGGAAGGAAGUGGACGAAAUUGUCUCCAAACUGUGCCCUUCUGGGAGUCCUGAGAAGAGUGCCUCACCUGACGAUGCCUGCAGCGCUGUGAAGGUCACGGCUGGGCUGGUUGGCUUUUUGUCCGGCAACUUCUUUGAUAAGACAUGGAGGGACGAGUACCUCGGGGUGAACGCCACAGUAAAGGGGAAUGAUGGCGGUGCAGCAGCGGCCACAGUAGAUUCAAAGAAGGGCGUGAAGUUCCAGGGAGCGUGGGCGGAGUGGCCCGUUGGCGAGCAGGGGGAGAAUCAGCUGUACCACUUUGCGAACUACAACUUCACUCUUGUGGCGACGGUGUCCAUCGACGGUGAGCCGACGCAGGAUGGUGCUAUUCCAGUGGUGGGUGUGCGUCUGGACGGUGAAGACAAACUUAUGGAGUUGUCGUACAAAAAAGAGAAGAAGUGGGAAUUGCUGUGCGAUGGAGAACCGACGACGGAGCACAGCCGCGGUUGGGAGCCAGGCACUACACACCAGCUGGUGCUUAUGCUACAGGACGGUACCCAUGGCUCCGCGUACGUUGAUGGUCAGCGUGUGGGAGAAGCGCCAUGUGCACUGGAAAAUAAGGAUUCGAAAGGAAUCUCACACUUCUACAUUGGAGGGGAUGGAGGCAGCGCAGACAACAAAAGAGGCCAAGAAGGCGUGUCUGUGACGGUGACGAACGUCCUGCUGUACAACCGCCCGUUGACUUUCUCGGAGAUUACUGCGCUAAAGCCGAAUAAAGCCCCUAUUCCAUCUCCGGUGAAUACGCCUAUUGCCGGUACAGCGAUUCAGUCUACUCCUGGCGGAUCACAGCAGACAAAACAGGAAUCGUUGAUGGGGAGCAGUGGUGCGAAUGGGGAGACGGCGGGAAGAACGAAUGGCCAGGGGAUCCAUGCACAGGACAAGGAAGUCAAUGCUACGGCACUCAGCAGCAGCCUUGGAAAUGUGUCGCAGGGGAAUAACACCGACGCUGGCACCAUGCGUGAGAGCGGAAUGGUGCCAUCGCUGUUUCUUCUGCUGUUGGGACUGUGGGGGUUUGCGGCACUGUGA